UUUGCACCGUGUGGGAGGAGAAUCACAGAGGCACUUGUUGGUUAGGGUCUUAUUUUUUCCAUCUUCCCACUUAAUAGACCUACGGUAUGCACCCUCGAUUGGAGAAACUAUUUGCCAGCUUUGGGCAGGAAGUGGGAGAAGUUUCUGCCUUUCAGGUAAUUUCAGGACUGCUCAAGAUGGGUCAUGUUGGAAGAGCUGGACUAGCAGCACAUGGGAACUGAUGUCCUUGUUGUUUACAUCCUGAGGAACCAGCCACAGCUCCCCACAUCCACUCUGAUACGGGUCUGCUUGGUGUCGACACUCUGCUUGGUGUCACACACUGCACAUUUCCACUUCCUUCUCCAAAUUGUCCUACAUUUCCCCAAAAUGAAUUUCGACCAGAUCCUCUCUGCAGUCGGAGGCUUCGGGAGGUAUCAGAAAACUCUGUACGUAUGGAUUUGUUUACCCCAGAUCCUCCUCGCUUUCCACAUGAUGGUGAGCAUCUUCACCGGAUCCUCGCCGCCCCACCACUGCCGAGAGAGCUCCAGCUCAGUACACGGGAAUCAGUCCUCAUUACCGGGUACACUCAGUGGGAACUUCAGCCUCUCGGAUUCCUCCUGUUUCUCUUCAGAUGUCAACCGGACUGAGCGUGUGCCAUGUGGACAGGGCUGGGUGUACAGCAAGGAGACUUUCCAGAGUACCACAGUCACCGAGUGGGACCUGGUGUGUGACAGAGCGGGACUGAACAGUCUCGGGUCGUCUGUCUACAUGUUCGGCCUGCUGGUGGGCUCUGUGCUGUUUGGAGCCAUGGCUGACAGGUACGGCCGACGCUUCGUCCUGCUGCUGUCCAUCGCUCUUCAGACCUUGUUUGGAGUCGCCGUGGCCUUUGCACCAAACUUCCCCAUCUAUGUGACUCUCCGCUUUCUAGUUGGCACCACGAUAUCGGGAGUCAUCAUCAACGCCUUUGUACUUGGCACUGAGUGGACGUGCACCAAAAGACGCAUGCUGGCUGGUAUAAUCACCGACUACGCCUUUGGUCUGGGCUACAUACUGCUAGCGGGCGUAGCAUACUUGAUACGAGACUGGAGAAAGUUGCAACUGGCCAUAUCGGCCCCCGGUUUCCUGCUCAUCUUCUAUAUAUGGGUGGUUCCUCAGUCGGCCCGAUGGUUGUUGGCCAACGACAGAAGGGAGGAAGCCAUCGCACUCCUCCGCAAAGCAGCACUAGUGAACGGCCGUGUCUUACCUCCUGCUGUACAAAUUGAGAAGUUAAGUGGAGGGAAGCAAAGUUAUUCAGCAGUGGAUCUCGUAAGAACUCCUCAAAUGAGAAAGAGGGCUUUCAUCUUGUUCUACAUCUGGUUUGUGAAUGUGCUGGUGUAUUACGGCCUCUCUCUGGGUGUGUCCAGGCUGGGGACCGACAUCUACCUGACCCAGUUUGUGUUCGGGUUGGUUGAGAUCCCGGCCCGUUCUGUGGUCCUGCUCGUCCUGCCCUACAGUCGUAGACUCUCCCUAAGUGGAUUUCUGGCUGUGGGAGGACUCGCCUGUCUGCUUACGCUCGCUGUUCCUCAAGAUUAUCCCCAUGUCCAGACUGGUCUUGCCAUGGUGGGAAAGUUUGGCAUAACAGCGUCCUUUGCUGUAAUCUAUGUGUACACUGCUGAGAUUUUCCCCACUGUGCUUCGGCAAACAGGACUAGGUGUGUCCUGCAUGUUUGCGAGGAUGGGCGGUGUGUUAGCUCCCAUGAUAAACAUACUUCACAGCUACAGCCCCACUACACCUCUGCUCAUCUUUGGUACCUUCCCGCUGCUCGGGGCUCUCCUGGCCCUGGCGCUGCCCGAAACGGCCGACAGACCUCUGCUAGACACGGUGGAGGACGCAGAGAACUGGGACAUGAGGUCGCCUUCCGACAAGGAGAAGGCUGAGAUGUCUGAGGAGACGAGCCAAUCAGUAAGCAGCACAGAAAAGCAGGAGAUCUAGCUAACUGUGUGUGAAGUGUGCACAAAUUCAAUUAUUCACAUUAACACAACAACCUCAACUUUGUUACCGGGUACUGUACUUAAGAUGAGACACUACAGACUUCCUCACAUGCACUGGUUGAAUUUUAGAUUUGGGGCCGUUGUGCCUCUAUUACACGUCUUUUUGAAAGAGUUUCAAAUAAAAACAUCCUAAAUGCUCAUUAGGGGAUUAGUUUACUACACUUUGUAUAUAUGCGUCCGUAGAUUUCUCCUUAAUCUGCCAAAAGUUAGCAUUAGUCAAUGAACCAUUUGCAUAUUUAAACAUAACAAUUUCUAGUUAUACAAAGAACAUUUUCAAUCAACUAUGGAAGUUUAGAGGGUUAGUUAGGGCAGUUUUCUCCAAUGUUUUUUCCCAGACAGAAAUCCCCACUUCAGCAGCACUUAUGUAGAUCUAUUCUGAAGUUUUUAUAUCAUUCAUAGUCUGAUUCAAAUUAUGUUAUUCUUAUUUUAUAUUUUUUAAUGGAUGUUUUCUGAUACAUGGAGUGAUAACAAGAAAGACCCAAAUGUCCCUCUGUAUAAACCUUUCACUUUCAAACCUGUCAAUGAAAUGAAACCAUUUAAAACCUGGCUUUUUCCUAUGUUUGGAUUUCUGCUACGAAAAUGUAUGCCAAUUCCUGAUUAGCUUAUUUAAACAAAGAUUUCAGAAAACAUGGGUUAAUGAUUUCCUUAAGGGGAAAUGUGCUGGUUAGUUCAUAGAUACAAUGCUCUACCCUAUUCACCUGUAGUGUAUCCUGUUCACACAACACCCUCUAUGCAAUACAUGAUCUGCAUUAAGAGCUCUAUGCAAACACACCAAACUGAAAUGCACAUACGCACAAACAGGGCUUUUAUAUUUGCUGCCAAGGCUAAUUUAACAGCCUACACUUUUUGAAAAUGAAGGUUAAAAGUAUUUCUUUACAAUCUGCUCAACUGUUUACACCUUUAGUAAAAAUCUUGAGAUGUGGUUUGAUAUAUUUUACAUACGUGAUGGGACAGAAUUUGCAGACACACAGAUUGCAUGUUUGUAUUGACUUUUUUUUUUUUUCAGACUGAAGGAUUUGUUAUUAAAAUAACUUUAAUAUUUUUAUAGAAAAGUGUACCAUGUCUGUGGACUGCUGCUGGAAUACUUUUGUGGUACUUUAAUGCUGUAUUGAAAAAGCAAACUGCCUCAAAUGUCUAUAUUCUCAAGCCAAGAGAAAUAAAGCUAGUUGAGUGAGAUUGCAUAGUUAACUGUAUCAAUGUAACAUUUUGUCAGACUUACGUAGCUCAUUAGCGGUUUUUUAUGGAUGCAAUUGAAUGUUUCUGUGAUUAGAAUGUGAACAUAUAUUGAUAUCAGCAUCAUUUGUAAAAGUUUGCUGACUUUUUUAUUGUAUUGAAUUAUACUUGGAUGUCAAAUGGAUUAUUAUUGAAACUGAAAUAUCUGGUACUGUUGACUUUUACAUGAAGUUUUUAAGGGCUGUCAUUUUUAUAAAUAGGAAUGUGUAAUACAGGUAAAGGCAUGCAUCAGGAGCAUUGGUUAUGUAUUAUGCCAUGACCCUCAGGCAAAAGGAAUUUGGUUCUCCUAAAUCUAUUAUUCCCAUCGACAAGAACUCAGUGAAUCCAUAUUCUAAUGCAUGACUCUGCUAAAGCAUGCAUUGCUGCUGCCCAACAGUGUUUGAACAGGUUUGCUUACCAACAAAAGGGUCACAGACGCCAUUAAACCUUAUUUCUUUUUUAUUGCAUUGAUUCCUGACCAUUGCAUUUGAAUGCAACAAAGUAAAACAUUUAAAUGUAAAAAAAUGUACUUUGUACAACUGAAUUGAAGGCACUGCAGAUUUGUGGCACCAGCAAUAAACUUGUUAAAAACUGUG